UUCCGAACGACAUUCCUGUGACGAAACGAAGCCCCACGACGGCGUAGCCUCUUUGCAUAACCCACCGCAAGAACGACGCAUAACGACCAGUUCAUAGAAGGGGAACGCAGCAUCAGCAACAAUGACGUCCGCGGCGAUAGCAAGCGAUGCCUCGCACCACCACACAGCAACGUUGUCGAACACUCCGGCGACGCAACCACGGACCCAUUUUGUCAUAGGGACAAGACAGUCUCAGCUGGCCAUGGUGCAAGCGGAAGCAGUGCUCGCAGCCCUGCAAAAGCAGCACCCAACCUACACAUUCACAAUCCACGGCAUGACGACGAAAGGAGACAAAGUCCUCGACACAGCUCUGUCGAAAAUCGGCAGCAAAUCGCUGUUUACGAAAGAAUUAGAAGUCGCACUGGCGAACGGGACGGUGGACUUGGUCGUGCACUCUUUGAAGGACCUGCAAACUGUUCUGCCUGAAGGGAUGACUGUAGGAGCCAUGACGGAGCGCGAGGACCCCCGAGACGCACUGGUCGUGUCGAUAGCAGGCACCGCAAAGGGUUACAUAACCAUCGAGGACCUCCCAGACGGCAGCAUCGUGGGAUCCAGCUCCGUCCGUCGCAUCGCACAGCUGAAGAGACGGUUCCCGAACUUGAUCUUCCAAGACGUUCGUGGGAACUUGAACACGCGGUUGAGCAAGCUUGAUGCGCCGCAGGGACCGUACACGGCUCUCCUGCUAGCGUAUGCGGGCUUGCAUCGGUUGGGAUGGAACGAUCGCAUCUCGUAUGUGCUGCCACCGGAUACAAUGCUACAUGCGGUCGGACAAGGCGCGCUUGGGAUCGAAUGUAGGGAGGACGAUGUGGAUACCGUGCGGCUACUUGCACCGUUGGAUCACUGGCAAACGAGGGUGCGGUGUACGGCUGAGCGGUCAUUCAUGCGAUACCUAGAAGGCGGAUGUAGUGUUCCUUUGGGAGUGUGGACAGAAUUGGAACUCGAUGAGGAAGGCGUACCGAAGCUGAUACGUCUGAAGGGAUCAGUCUCGAAGGUUGAUGGGUCUAUCGAGAUCAGGGAAGAAGCUGAGGCGGGAUUGACGGGUGAGAGGGUGGCGGAUCUGGAGGCCGCAGAGGAACUCGGCAAGCGUGUAGGGGACAUGGUCGUCGCGAAGGGCGCCCGCGACAUUUUGGAAGACAUCAAGCGCCGGAGAGUUGCCCCUCUCGAUUAGCAUCAUCACAUUAGUCGCAGAACGCGUAUAUAUAGAG